AUGUCAUCCACCUUGCUCCCCUCCGCCGAAUGGAUAUCGGCGUCGUCGAGGAGGCGAGCUGCGACGGCGCUGGCCCAAGAUCGCAAUAAUGGCAGCGGCGGCUGCUGCCCUCCGGGUGCAGGGCACCCGACGGGCAUUCCUCCGCAACCAGGAUCCAAUGACGACGACGCUCAUCGCGAAGAGAGGUUUGUGGGGCACCGAGGUUCUGGCGGCCUCGUCCAUGGGCGGGCGGUGUUCUGCUUGCCCCCCGGGGUGGAGUGGUUUCAGGGGCACUUCGCCUACGCUGCGCGGGGCGGCUGCACGGCCUCCCUCGGCGUCCUGGGAACCGAGCUCCCCGUCGACCCUUGCAUGCAGUGCUGCCAUGGAGGGUUUUCCCGGUACAAGUUGGUCUUCAUCCAUCACGAGGUGAAGUGUGGCAAGCGAUCAGACGCUACGUUGGCGUUCGAUGGGUACAUGUCUGGCAAGGAGUCCGCGUUAGUCGUGGAGCGGUACGGCGGCAACAUGAUGACCUUGAACGCGGAGCCUUCGGCCGUCAUGGGCGGUGGCGACGGUCCCGUCCCUCCGGAGAGCGAGCUGUCCUUUACGACGCACGUCAUGAAGGCGGACGACGACGCGCGAACGUUAUUGGGCCGCUAUUUCCAGUCCAUCGUGCGGGCCUCCUCCGACCCCUCGCCCCAAGCUUACAGCCGGUACUGCCGUGUGACUUCUUCUCGUGUCUCGAAGGAGCUGCAAGAUUGCAUCGUGUGCAUCGGGGCGAUGGACGUGCCCCUGAGCCUCCUGCAGGAGCUGGCGGCCCCGCUCCCCGACUCCCGGACGCAAUCCAUGGGGGAGGGGUUAUAG